AUGGUGUUAGUACUUGUUAUCGGGGACCUACACAUUCCUCAUCGUGUCCAUGACCUACCCGCAAAAUUCAAAAAGUUAUUGGUACCAGGAAAGAUACAGCAGAUUAUUUGCACAGGAAAUAUCUGUGACAAGGAAACCUUUGAUUAUCUGAGAACUAUUGCUGGUGAUAUUAUAGUAGUCAAGGGUGAUUUUGAUCAAAAUUCAACAUUCCCUCAAUCCAAGGUAGUAGUUCAUGGUAACAUGCGCGUAGGUGUUUUACAUGGUCACCAAGUGAUUCCAUGGGGAGACACAGAGUCGUUGGCUAUUACUGCACGUCAAAUGGAAGUAGAUGUGCUCUUGACUGGCCACACGCAUCGAUUCGAGGCAUUUGAAAUGAACGGGAAGUUUUUUAUCAAUCCAGGAAGUGCUACAGGUGCCUAUUCUUCAUGCCCUGACACAGUUGAUCCUAUACCCUCUUUUGUAUUGAUGGAUAUCCAAGGUAGCACGGUGAUUAGUUACGUCUACAGACUUAUCGAUGGAGAGGUUAAUGUGGAAAAGUUGGAGUACAAGAAGCAGGCUGAUUCUAGCAAACUUUUGUAA